UUUCCGUCUAUAUUUUGUGACGUGUACGUCAUUUCCAGUAUCUCUCGCCGGCGAAGCUGUUUUCGUGUCCCUCGCGCACGCCAUGGAGCUCUUGUACAGUUUACCAUUUUACGUUCUCGAAGUUCCCAACCUGAAGCUCAAAAAGCCCCAAUGGCUCCACCAACCCUCCGCCAUGGUCGUCUACUCGCUGGUACUGCUGUCAUACUUCUUGGUCUGCGGAGGAAUCAUCUACGAUGUGAUUGUAGAGCCUCCUAGCAUCGGAUCUACGGUGGACGAGCACGGCCACAGCAAGCCCGUGGCCUUCAUGCCGUACCGAGUGAACGGCCAGUACAUCAUGGAGGGCCUGGCGUCGAGCUUCCUCUUCACGGUUGGGGGCCUGGGCUUCGUCAUCCUGGACCGCACCCACAACCCGAGCACCCCGAGGCUCAACAGGAUCCUGCUCAUCUGCACGGGCUUCGUCUGCAUCCUCGUCUCCUUCUUCACCUGCUACGUCUUCAUGCGCAUCAAGCUGCCGGGCUACCUGCUCAGCUGAGCUCAUCUUCAUCCAGUCCGAAUGUUCCUGGACGGCCCUCCAUGCCAAGUGGCGAGGAGUUUUCUUUCUCUGACCCGUCGAGCAUUUCAUACUCUUCCUCGUUUAAUAAAUGUGCGGUAUA